UGGUUCCAAUAGAUUGGGUGACCAAUAUUAUUGGUUCCAAUAGAUUGGGUGACCAAUAUUAUUGGUUCCAAUAGAUUGGGUGACCAAUAUUAUUGGGACCCAAUAUAUUGUAUUGGUGCAUGCCUAAUAGCGGAUACAAUAAUAGAUAAAUAGUAUAUAGUCAAUGAUUUCCAACCGUAUAAAGAUGGCUGAAAAGACAAUCCGAAAGUUUAUUCGUGAGACCCGAAAAACUGACUGACAGCAACAGAACUCAUAACUUAAGAUCGAGAGAAAGGAAAAUGCAGUGGUUCUUAUCAAUAUUUUCUUCUACUUCUAAGAUGUUGCGAAUUUUAUUUUUUUAAAACCCGGAAAAGUUUGGAUUGAAUAAAUAAAUUUUAUUUUCUACGAGAUAAAGUAAAAGUGACUUCAGAUACGCGACAAACUCGUAAUAACGGCUUACAAACAAAAUCUGCAAGUGAACUUGAGAGAUUUUUAUAUACUUACUUAGUAAGUAUAAAAAAAACUCUCAAUAGACGCUUGUAUAAUUUACUCACCAUUGCAUCUUCUGUGUGACCUUGAGCAGGCCUUCUGCUGUGAGUAGAAAUUUCAUGGAUAAUCCGUAAAAAGCUUUCUUUCUCUUGCUUUCUAGUCGACGUUAAUUGUGAAGGUCGACAAGGUAAGAAACCUGGUUUUGAUAAAGACUCAACUGACCAUGAUGGUAGCAGUAAAACAGGACUUCAAGUUCAAGAACAAAACAGAGGACGUCCAGGGGCAGGAAUGGGAGGUCAUGGAGGCCGAAGUGGAAGUAGCGGCAGCAGUGAUGGAUCAAUGAGCCCUGGUCGUACUGGUGGAGUGCAUCAUCAUGGAGAUAAUCGUGCUGGAAUACAUAGUGGAAGAAGUCCAGUUUCAGUGCCUGGCGGCCGCGGAAAUAAAGAAAUUGGAGGAGGAAAACAUAAAGAUAAGAAGGAUAAGAAAAAAGAUCGGAAGAAACAUGGUAAACAGCAUGGAGGUUCCGGUUCGAGAGAUUCAAGUCGUGGAUCAUCUAGAGGUUCAAGCCCAGGUAGCAAAUCACCGCAUCAUGGAGGACAAGGAACAGGAGGUCGUGGUGGCGCUCAUCAUGGUAGCCUGAAUCCAGCUGGAGAUCACACACGCGAACGAAAAGGGCCACACCAUCGUAAAGAUUAG